ACUCCAUACUCAUUCUCAGCUCAUCAGCUGCAGAAGACAGACGUCUAGUGCUAAAUUCCAAAUUCAAAAUGAAGGUCCUGUCAAUUGUUUUCUUGCUGGCUGCUGUGGUCCUCGCAGUAGAGUGCAGUCACACAUUCUUGGGUACCAAUGUUCUAAGGCCUCUGGUAUACCACCACAGCGUCCAGUAUAGUUCCAAGGUCUUCAGAAAGAGGGUUGAGAACAUGUACUUCGCGUUGCCCGCCGUUCCUUCUAAUGCUGGACGUGCUAUUCAGGGUAUCCUAGCCUUCGACAUGACCCACACUGGUGCCUCAGCCAACGUGACUCAAGGUGGACUCGGCUUUAACUUCGUCAACCUUCGGCUCAAGAGUGACCGUGGAGAGAAGAUCGAUUUCGACGUCUACAUUUACGCUUAAAUAUAAAACAUUUGCUCAAUAAAGAAUCAGUUAUGAUGUCUGAGUA